AUGGCGUCGCCACCUCCACCGAUCAGAGGACGAUUCGUGGGCCAUCACGGCCUCGACUGGGCUCCAAAUGAGCCCACGCCGGCUACCAUCGCCGUCGCCCCGCCGCCUACAAACAUCCCAGCCCCGACCGCAUACGAAGAGUUGAGGCAAGAACUCGCCACGGCCAUCGCCGCGAAGAUUCAAGCCCUGAAAUUGGAGCGCAAUAGCGCUUCCAACAAGAGCGCUCAGGCAGAUAUCAAUGCAGAAAUCAAGAUCUUGUCAGCAGCCCGGGCUGUGGCCCACGACCCUUCUUCGAGGCCGGCUGGCUUACAGCUGGUGGGCACAAUCGCGGCAACCUCGGUGUUUGGCUAUAUCCAACUAGUGAAAACCGAACUUACCUCGAACGCCGGAUCUUGCACCGGCAUCUGGACGAACAAAAAACAGCUUAAAGAAUCGGCGCCUCGCAGUUCUGCAAAUACCAAGGCGCAGAAGGAGGUACUAGAUUGGUAUGAUGGCCGAUGCCCUCUCACUGGAGUUGAGGAAGUUGAUGCGGCGCACAUCAUCGAUGUGCAAGCAACGAAGGCCAUGACGAGGCCUGUCAAUUUUUGGGAAAUGCUCCGUCGGAUGUGGCCUUUGGAGGAAAUACAACAACUCGGGAUAGCGGGACAGGAGAACAGGAACAUCCUGCCGCUACAGCCUACAGCGCAUCGGCUAUGGGACCGCAACAGCCUCGGUCUCCGCCCCAUUCCACACAAAACAGACCCGCAAAGCAAAAUGUACUUGCAGGUGGUUUGGUUUAACGACUGGAAUGCUGAGAUUGGUCUUGGUGAAAAGCGCACCCGUGAAACACAAGCGGACCUCUCAGAUGGCCGAAGAGUGGUGGAAAGUGUGGACGGGAGGAUUGGAAAUGAAUUCCUCUGCCAUGGGGAUGUCUACGAAUUGUCGACAUCUGAUUACGAAAAACGGCGGCUCCCGGAGAUUCGCUUUCUUGAAAUCCGGUACGCUGUCCAGAAGCUCUUUGCAGGCCAGCAAGCCGCGGGGGCUCUCAGAGACAUUUUUGAUGGCCAACCCCCUGACGACGAUACGACAACCCCCAUUCCUGACGAAGACGCGUUCAUGCCCGCCGACUGGGACAAUAUGAUCGACGAUGCUGGCAGGCUUGGUAUUCUGGACUUUGAAGGACGGGAGGUCUGGAAGAAGCACACCCUCCAAAUAGCCUAUGAGCAGCAUCAGCGACAGAUUGAGUUAGCUCGAUCCGAAAGUGAAGGAGAGGAGGACGACUAG